GCGUAACUCGAAAUGCUCGUCUGGCAUUUUCCCUUCUACCUGGUGCUCCUAGUGGUCUUCGUCAUCAAUCGCAUUCUGGUUUAUCGCCACAAACUUGCUGUAGUCCACCAUCUUCCUGGCCCGCGAUACCCCCUAGGGCCUUUUACGAUGCUGUCUUUGCUGUUGCCAUCCUCGUCUUGGAAUGCCGGGGCUACACUACCUUUGUCUAACCGUCCUACCCUAUACACCAAAUACGGGCUAGAUACAGUAGCGAUCGUCCCAUGGCUGUUCGGAAACGAAAUGGUGAUUACGCGCUCAGUAGACGUGGGAAAGCAGCUUCUCGGAUUCAAAAACGACUGGGACAAGACCCCAGAGCUCGUCAAUGCCUUAGCCAUGUUCGGAGAGAACCUGUUUUCAUCAUACAAGGACCGAUGGCCAAGACAUCGUCGCAUUGUUGCGCCCGGUUUCAACAACAAGCUGUAUGCUCAGGUUUGGAGCGAGAGCAUUCGAGUGUACUACGACAUGCUAAGAAGUGAAGACUGGGCCAGCAAAUCCUCUUUCGAGAUCUCUGAUGUACCUGGACUCACUUCCAAAAUUGCUCUUUACCUCAUCGCAUCCUGCGGGUUCGGAAUUCCCUUGACAUGGACAGAUACGGUGGGUGAGAAGGUCAGAGGGAUGACUCUGUCGCAAUGUUUCGACGUGUCGGCAAAUGCGGUCAUUCUACAAUCGGUGUUACCUCAAUGGAUGUGGAACUUGCCACUGCGCCAUUUCAAGAAGGUCAAGGAGGCAAACUUGGCCCUUGAGUCAAUUGUUCGCCGCAUCAUCGAGAAACGCCGAAGCGAAGGACCAAGUCCCUCGGCUGAAGCUAACGAGAAGGAUGUGUUUAGUCUCUUACUGAAUGCCAAUGAUGCCGAGAAGGACACGAAAGCGGCUCUGACGGACCAGGAGCUCGUCAGCAACGUCUUCUUGCUUAUGCUUGCGGGACAUGAAACUACUAGCAGAGCUCUUGGAACCACGAUAGCCUUGCUCGCUUGUCAUCCCGAGUCUCAGGAGAAAGCCCACGACGAGAUACUUCGUGUUACUGGCGGCUGUCGUGAUCCGACUUAUGAGGAUUUCGAUGCACUUCCUUACACGCUCGGGUGCUUCAUGGAGGCCAUGCGUAUCAUUCCGAGCGUUAUAAGCAUUCCUCGCCGAGCUAUGACGGACACGACACUCAGGAUCCCAGAGCCAGACGGCAGCACAUCCACAAUGCCAGUCAAGCAGGGCACAGUGUUCGUCACUGACUUCACCAACAUCUGUUUCAACCCAGCAUAUUAUACUAAUCCGGAAUCGUAUGACCCUUCCCGAUGGCUCGAUCCCAAACUAGAACAAGGCAUCAACUUCAGCUACGGACCACGCGUCUGUGUCGGGAAGAAGUUUGCACAAACAGAGUCAUUGGCCACACUCGCCAUGUUGAUGAAGGACUACAAGAUCCAACCUGUGCUGGAGGCAGGCGAGAGCCUUGCUGAAUGGCGGAGACGGAAUAUAGAUGACAAUAUCCAGCCGUCAAUAGGGGUUGGCCCAGGCAAAUUCACGGUACGGCUGGUCAGGCGGGCCUGAGAUAAAGUGGGGAGUGUUGGGUAGAAUUCCGUCCGGGGAUCACGUUCGGUUUGGCGAUACCUCAAGGGUCACUUUUUCACAUAAUAUGUACUUGUUCAGUUGGUACAUGAAAU